ACCGCUCCUAGGGCUGGUUUCGCGCAGUGAUUCGCAAAGUGGCGGGAUGGAUGUUCACUCAGACAUGAACAAAGAGCGUAUGCGUGAGCGCGCAAAGUCACACGACAGUCAACAGCAGCUACGGUGCACGAUAGACAGACAGCUCAUGUGACGAAAAGGACAGCAGCAUGCGAUCCCUAGCUACAUCAAUCGCAAGGCUCCUUGAUGAGCACGCUGGUCUCCCGCCGCUCGGGGGGCAUAUAGUGGAACUCUAUAUAUUGGACACACACGACACACACACACACACACACACCUGGAUGGAUGGAUGGAUGGAAGACGGGUCUGACGUGUACUUGUUUGUGACCCAUCUCACUCACUUAGCUGCGCAAAUACGUCUUCCUCCGUCACCUCUUCUCGCGGGUCAGACAACCACCUCACACACACACACACACACCACAUGUGAGAUGUGUAGCUGUCUAGGCCACCGGGGACACACGGACACAGACGGAUAAGUACGCACCGGGCCUUUGGCUGUGGGAGUCCCUCGAAGAGCCGCUCCCCGUUGCACCUCGCGCAGGGGUAGAUGCCCUUGUCGUCGAGCGCCAUGCCCAUCUUCUUGGCCGCAAAGCGCAUCGAACGGUUGAAGUGAGCCGACCUGACACACACGACAGACACGCAGCACACAACAGGCAACACCCAUACCCACACAGACAAUCUGACACACCGUGCUCUCUGUCUGUCUGUCUGUCUGUCUCUGUGUCUGUGUGUGUGUGUCGUGUGUCUGGUUGUUGUGUCAGUGGGUUCCCCCGCCCACCCAGUGAAGUACAGCAGAGCGAACGCCUUGAGGUGCCGGGGAUAUAUCUUGAUGUCGAUCCUGCGGUGCACACUUCUCCCCGGCAGCCGCCCCACACCGAAGUACCCCUCUGCAUCCUCGUUGAUGCCCUCGCUGUCGUCCUCGACCACCGCGUCUGACAGCACCGGCAAGCCCUCGAGGUCGACGUCCAUCGUCUCCCUAUCGCAAUCGCUAUCGGCGUCAUCGUUGGCUGCGGCCGCCCGCCAGUUGGCACGGGCGUGGUGGAGGUCGUCUGUGAGCAGAUCGGCCGCGUGCAGCGACCCAACGAGCCUGACGAUUCAUUCAUCGCACGGCAAGUGGGGAAUGGGGGGGCCACAGCUGUGGGUGGAUGGCUGGGCUGCGUGGAUGUGAUGUGGGUGUCUUACUUACUGCGCGAGCAGGCCUUUGGUUGGUGCGUUUGGUGGUCUGAGGAUGAGCACGUCGACGUCACCACACGUACUCUUGCCGCGACGGUACGACCCGCAACCCACCACCUGCACAGCACACAGAGAGAAACCGGCAACACAAUAGAGAGAAGAAAAGAUAGGUUCCUCACAAGACGGCAAGCCGACCUCCAGGUUGUGUUUGGCGAAGGGCGGCUUGGCGCACAUGUCGGCCACGAACUGGAUGAUCUGCUCGGCCUCGCGCCGAUCCAUCCGCUGCUCAAACUCGUCCACUGCGCCAUACACACACACACACAUAUACACACACACAUACACACACACAUACAUCAAAUGCUGCCUCUGAGAAACACCAGCCCCACCGUAUUGGAGGCCUAUGCGCUGGGCCGACGUCAGCAGCUCGUGCUGCCGCUUUCGCAAGUCGCCGAGAGUGCGGACCCCCUUCACAAACAGUUUCUCGGCCGUCUUGUAGCCGAUACCCCACACACGCUGAUUGAUGGACGCAGGCACACGAAGGGAUAGCUUGCAAGAGGGAUGUGUGUGACGGGUCGGGUGGGUGGAAUGCCUUUGGCUGCAUAUUUACCUGGAAGCUAAUGAGCGACUUGUAGACAGGGUUGUUGGUGAGCUCGGCCACCCGGGCGGACUUGCCGUCACGCAGAAUCCCUUUCACUACCGCUAUGGUGUGGUCCCCUGCACCACCACACCAUGGACAGCCAGACGGCGCACGGGAUGGAUAAUGGGCGUAUAUCGCUGUCUGUCUGUGGGUGGAUUGGGAGACCUAUCACUCUUUUCUUCCGCAGCUUCUCCACGUUAGACUCCGUGAUCUUCUCAUCGAAGUACAACACACGGCUCGCGGCCUUGCGAAAGCUAUGUAACACACACAAGCACACACACAGACACGUGCCCUCCCUCCCUCCGGCCCCUGUUGCUCUCUCGCACUCACCCCUCCGAGCGGUAUUUCUCGUUGAGCAGCCCGUAGAUGGACGACAGCUUGUCCAGCUCCUGCCACACCACCUUGUUCUCCGCCACCCUCAGCGUCGGCCGGCCCUCCCGCUGACACGCGAACCGCUGGCGCCGCUGCGGCUGUGCGAUGAAGUCACGCAGCCGCUCGAUCUGCCGCAGCUUGUCUGGGUCGUAGUCGAUGAUGCCGUCAAACAAGGGGCGCUUGGAGGGGAUGAGGGGGGCAUGGGCGGCGUCAGUCAUCUCAUCGGAUACGGCUACAGCUGGCUUCUCGUUGUCCUUUUCCUGCCGGUCCCUCUGUACUUGGUCAGCGAGCUCGUCGUGUGUGCGCCCGUUGUGAGGGGCAGCAGGUUGCUGGGCUGCGACGGGGAGGCCAUCCUGCAGGUCGACGCCAUCGGCAGCAGCAGCCGCUGCUGCUGCUGGUGCGGCCGCACUGGGCUGCUGCUCUGGAGGACCUGGGGGGUCGGUCUUGUCUUUGGUUUCAGGCUGGGUGAGGUCCAGGUGGUUGUCGUAGGUGCCCACGCAUAUCAGCACCCUCUUGCGCGCCCUGGCAGGCUGAGCCGCGCCACCACCCGAAGCCAU